CCAGGAGUAGACGGUCGAACGGUCUCUCUGCGGACCAACAGAAAUUGGGCGAAGUUGAUGUUGGUGCGUCGUUGAACGGAAACGAUUCGGAGCGAGAUCGGUCCUAGAGUGGACGAGGAACGACACGGGUUCUACCGCAUCUAUGAACCGAGAGCAAUCGCUCGAGAAGCUGAUCUCGAUUUUUCAACUGGUCGGAGAGACCGCCUCGACGAGACACGUCCGUAUGAUUCUAAUUGGAAACGGUCGGAGGUUUCACUUAAAGCCGAGGCAUCGUAUCGCGGACGGAAUCGGAGGGAUUCAUGCGACGUAAACUUUGAGAAGAUCCGUCGUUCGGUACGUAGAUUCAGAGAAGAUUCCCGGUGGGUGGAAGAUGGCAGACCCAAACCCGAGCGAUCCGGCCCCGGAGAAAAACAAGAAGGAAGAAGCAGCCGCGAGCGAACAGCCCGUCGUCGCCUGGGAAUCGUUGACGUUCCGCCAGAAAUGGGCCUGUUUCACCAGCAACAUCACCGUCGAGCCGAUGGUCGCUUGUUACGUGAUCCCGUGCAUGCUGGCUUCGCUCGCCACCCAGAAUCUCAGUCUGGAGAAGGCUUGCAGGGUGAAUCUGGCGUACCCCGACGAAGUCUGCACCGCGUUGGCCAAGAGGAACACCGCCGGUUACGAGACGGAAGAGACGGCGGUACAGCAGCUGGUAGCCGGUAUGCAGACUUGGAAGACUGCGCUCUCGAGCGGCUUGCCGACGAUCUUGAUCCUCUUCAUGGGCGCUUGGAGCGACCGCACCGGACUCAGGAAGCCGUGCAUGCUGUUGCCGAUCGUCGGCGAGUUUCUCAGCAGCGUCAGUAUGCUGCUGUGCACGUACUUCUUCUACGAGGUGCCCAUGGAAGUCACAGGCGUGUUCGAGUGCCUGUGGCCGGCCAUGUGCGGCGGCUGGUUCACCAUGUUCAUGGGUGUCUUCAGUUACAUCGCUGACAUCACCUCGGUCGAGUCUAGAACGCUGAGAAUCGGUGCCGCGAACGUUUUCCUGUCCCUCGGCGUUCCGAUAGGCAUGGCCCUGUCAGGAAUUCUCUAUCUGAAGAUCGGAUUCUACGGUGUCUUCGGCAUAUCGACGGUGUGUUAUGUGCUCAGCUUCAUCUACGGUCUGGUGGUGAUUAAGGAACCGCCGAGGCAACGCUCGGACAAGAAGGAGAAGACGGUAGAGAAGAAGCCGUCCGUGUGCGCCUCAAUCCAGGACUUCUUCGCGUUCAAACAUAUCGAGGAGACGUUCCGCGUCGCCUUCAAGACCGGCAAGAACAAUCGGCAGAAGAGAGUGCUGGUGCUCAUGGUCAUCGUCAUGGUCGUCAUUGGUCCUCUAUACGGUGAAAUGGCGGUGAUGUAUCUUUACAUGAGGUACCGGUAUCAUUGGAACGAAGUCAUGUUCAGCAUGUUCACCACGUUCGCCAUGGUCACGAACCUCAUCGGAACCGCAGUUUCCGUCGGCGUGUUCAGCCACAUUCUGAAGAUCGACGAUGCCAUAGUGGGAAUCAUGAGCUCGAUGAGUAAAAUUCUCGCCGGCUUCGUCUACGCGUUCGCGAUCACGGACUGGAUGAUCUAUUUGGCUGCCAUCGUCGAGAUCGUGAACGGCACGUCGUUUAUAGCGAUGCGAUCGAUAGCGUCUAAGCUCGUGGCCACAGAUGAACUCGGGAAAGUGAACUCGUUGCUGGGCGUCUGCGAGUCUCUGAUGCCCCUGAUCUACGGACCCAUGUACAGUUCCAUUUACGCGGCGACCAUGAAAACGUUCCCGGGGACGUUCUUCAUCGUCGGCGCCUGUAUGACCAUGCCCGCUGUACUCGCGUUCUUCUGGCUGUACACGGAGCACAGAAGGGAUCGUAAGCUUCAACGAGAAGAGGAUAAGAAUAAAGAGGAGUCACGGGAGAGCGACUCGAGGCAAAUCGUUAGCGAAAACAUGAAAUCGGAAGCCCCUACGAUGAACGGUAUCAUGAACGCCGCCUUUGAGUUCGAUCACGUACAAUAGGAAAUUACUCGCACGGCAUCAGAUCGUUCGACGUCGGAAGUUCGAAGAACGUGAACGAGGGGACAGAUCUUAACAACGAACUCGUUCGACUCCGACGACGUUUCAAACAAAGGAUGACUCGUUGCGUGUCACGUGUAUCGAAUGCCACUAGCAACAAGAGGGAGAGAGAAGACACGCGGGGAACGAUCGAUCUACCCAUCGCGCGCUUCGUGGCAAUGACUAUCCUUUGUUUCGAAUCCUGGUACAAAUAGUCUCCGGUACUUAAUGAACAAAUGAUCAUAGUAAAUAAAAUGGGAGGCAUAGGCGUGUGUCUGUUCAGGCGUAUCAGUAUUAUAUAUCUAUACUUCCCUCCAAACUCUCGAUCGGAUCGUAAUAAAUGUGGAAACUGGCGGUAAAAACGUUCGAAACGACAACGCGAGUAACGAGACUCUUAGGCGACAGGAACGCGAGUUCAAUUCUCCUUUCGAUGCUCUCAGAUCCAUUUGCAAAAAAAAACGUUACAAUGUACAGAUUGUUCAUUAUCGUUUUCAUCGAACCGAGCAUCACGUAUUUCAAUAGAUUCAUACGAGUGAGUUGUCUGUUGUCAGUCUUUCAGUUUAAUAAACACCCUGCGCCGAACAUGCUGUAGAAGGCAGACUUAACGCAAUAAGAGGUUACAAACAAUCACGGCUAGAAGAACCGAGACACCCACCCUCAUAUCGAAGUAAAUACAAUCGCAAUUAGAUUCAA